AGAAGAAUUUUUUGAGGUUAGGGAAGUUCUCCACAAACUUCCUGACCACAAAUCCCAGAAAGUAAGAAAAAAAUAGAGAAAAACCUCAAAAAAAAAAGUUAAGAGAAACUCUGUGCUUAAAAUUUGGGAGAAUGUCAAAAGGAAAGGAGCGGGAUAUUUUGAAGAUAAUCUUCCGGAACUUCAUAAAUUCCCUGCGUCCACGAAAGUUCCAGGGUAGUCUCAUUGGGGAGGAUACAUUUGGGAAUAAAUUCUACGAAAUUGCUGCUGACCCCGAGAAAGGGCGUGCCAAACGGGCACGAUACUUUGAACCACCCGGCAAGGAGGAGGGAUUCGAUCAUGAAAUGUCUGCUGAGUGGGAAGCCUGGCUCCGUGGGAGACGUCAGGAGGCACCAACAAUGGAGGAAUUGGUGCAGAAUCUCGCCAUUGCGGAGAUGAAGAAGGAAAAUGCGGCAAAACUCGAGGCAGGCUUGCCCAAAGGGAAGGAUCUUCGUGUUGUUGUCAAGGAGGAGAAGGGUAUGAGUUCCUUCCCAUCCUACGGCGCUGAGUAUGAAUAUUCCGCUGGUGUACCACCUCCGAAGGAUCCCAAAUCUUAGAUUUAUACUCUCUCUGUAAAUUAUGUAUUGUUUCCCAUAGAAAAAAUUGUAAAUAAAUUACUUUUAGAGUUCUUAAGGAA